AUGUCAGAAGCUCUCUUUCCACCUGCAGGCUUUAGCGAGGCAGACCGACGGGCAGACUUGUGGCUGUCUUCACUGCAUACCACAAGUUGGACUGACGAGGUUGAAGGACGGGCUGAAAUAGAUUCGGGGAACGAGUCGAACGAGGAGCUCGAGGCUGAGUCGCAGGAAGAGUCAGAAAAGAAGUCGCAAGUGGAGUCUGAGGAGGGGUCUAAGCUCGGGACGGAACUUCAGGAGUCUGAGCAGAAGGCAAGAGAGGAUCCAGAAGUGAGCGAAGAGAAUCACGACGGGUACGCUGGGCACCAGGUCUCGGAUGGACAUGUUGGAAUGAACAAUGAGAACAAUGGUUCGAACGAUUAUGAACCUCAUCUGAUCGAUGGUCAUCGCAACAUUAUUGACAAUCAGGCGGGCAUCACCAGCCGAGGAGAGCACAUCUGGUUGUCUUCAACUGGCCGGAAGAAAUCUGUUGAUUCAACUCCACGCGCGACUCAUCGAGGCCGGGAUCAAGCAGUUGGUUACGCUGGCGAGGGAUUCAUUGUCAAUAUCCUGAAAACAAAGAUUGAGGACACUGGACGAGCAAACUCCGUCGGCAUGCAAAUGUUUAUCCCUAUAGCGAGGCGGAAAUCACCGAUUUAG